AUGACCACCGUCCACCUCGGAUCUAAGACCUGGAUUUUUCUCAACAACAAGCGGGUUGUGGCGGAAAUUAUCGCAAAAAGAGGUUCAUUUACAAACGGUCGGUCGCCUAUGCCUGUUGCCAGCGGCAUUGUCAGCCGCCGCGGCCGUUCAUUGCUUCUUCCGCCUUCCGGGUGGACCGAAAAGCGCCGUGUCAUGCAUUCUCUGCUUAGUGAUACGGCACUCAAGCAAUACGCUGGCUGGCAGGAGCUUGAGAGCACCCAGCUUCUUGCCGAGUACCUACAUAACCCAAAAUUAUGGUAUAGAAACCACUAUCGGUACGCAAAUUCGGUGGUACAUCGGAUUGCACUUGGUGAACGGCUGGCCAAGACAGGCAAGGAGUUAGCCGAGUUGCAAGAUGUGGUGACGUGCUUUGUUGGGAGUAUCGGGUCAAGCCUUGUGGACUGGUUUCCAGAGCUGGAUUCGCUGCCAAAGUUCCUACAUGUAUGGCGCAAGCACUGGGAGAAAGUUGGCAAUUGGAACUACGAGGUAUAUCGGUCAUGGUGGGAUCCAGUACGCAGGCAGAUCGACGCAGGAAUCGCACCACCAUCAUUUGUUCGUGACGUUCUCCUAGAAAAGAACACCAAGUUCACUGGUGACGACCAAGAAACCAUGUAUGUCGCAAUGCAGUUGAUCGAGGCCGGCAGUGAUACUACCCACGAGGCCUUGAAUAUCUUCGUUAUGUCAGCUCUAUGCCGUCCAGAUGUUUAUCAGAAGGCGCGCGAGGAAGUCGACAAGAUAUGCGCACCUGUUAGCGAUACCCUUCGGCUACCAGGUAUCAUGGAUCUAGAACAGAUGCCGUACAUCUGUGCCCUUAUCAAGGAGGUUCUCCGAUGGAGGCCAAUUUUCCCCUUCACGCCGGACCAUCCUGGUGUGGGCUUCGUCAUAAACGGCAUUCUGGUAUGUAAUGACUGCGAGGACCCGGAUACCUUCAAACCAGAGAGGUGGCUCAAUGGUAAUGAGACGGACGUAGCGCAUGAUCUCUGGCAGUUUGGAGGUGGACGCCGCAUUUGUUAUGGAUACCGGCUAGCCCAGAGAGGGCUUUCCAUCAACAUUGCCCGACUGGUGAUGUGCUAUGCUUAUUCGACGACUGGUCCUUACAAUUCCCGCCACCUCAAUCACCAUAGCACUGACGAGCCCUUCCCGGUCAAAGUGACAAUUAGGAGCGAAGAACAUGAAAAGCUAAUUACCGAGGAGGCAACACGCGCGGGUGUUCUAGAGGCGGCAGUCGGAUCGAACGAAGUAUGA